AUGUCCAUCUGUCUGUCUGUCCGUAUGAGCACUGGGACCACUGGGAAUACAAUAGUCUUCCAGAAGGGCAACAUUCAGUUUGUCCUCGAGUCCCUGGAAACGAAUUGUGAUCACGACUAUGUGGAGUAUUUUCAUAAGGUGCCCGGCUCGAAACUUCUAUACAGUUUUCGUGUGGUAAAACUGGCCCCUGCUUUUACCAUUAAUAUUACCAUGAAAGUGGUAAAAACUCAAAGGAUUUUCUACAGUGUGGAAAAUAUUAAGGGCUGUGACUUUUUGAAUAAUCCUGUGCUAUUUAAAAUGUUUGGCGAGACCUACAAACGGCUGGUGGUCAAUGGCAGUUACUUUAAGUGUCCCAUCAAGCCGAAGGUUUACCUUAUUAAAAAUGACGGUUUGAUGACAAUGGUUCCUAGCAUUCAUCCACCAGAAAGCUUUCAACUAUCGGUGCGGAUCAGAAUGGGAGAAAGUCGACAGCCGUUCGUUAUGGAAAUGUUGUGGAAAUAUAAAAUUGUACGCAUUAAAUAA